GCAAAAGCGAUAGGCAACCACCCGAUUAUAUUCUGGAAGUCUAACAGUAUAUCCUCAACUUCAUCAAAACAUAAAACAUUCUGGAAUAAUGCUGGUAUUAGGACAUACUUACUUAUUCAUACCUCGACACUCAUCAAUAUAGUAUCUACCAUACAGACAGAUUCUCACCUUCAGCUUACUCAAACUUGAUUUCAGAUGAUGAUCCCUCAAGCCCCAGCUCAACUCCAAGCACCUCUCCUCUCACCAGCACAUUCCACAGACUCGACCUUGCCAAAUGUACCACGAUUGAGUAGUUUCUACGCACUAGGCGACUCGUAUUCAGCAGGCAUAGGAGCGAACUGCUCCUGGGUAACUGAUGAUUUCGACCCCACUGGCUCAUGCCUAAAAUGCAAAGGCGCUUAUCCCUACCAAAUCGUCGAGAUCGCAAAUAGCACGUCCCCCUCCACAUCUGUUUCCCACCAAGACUCGCAAACAGAAGCAAAUUCGGAAAGUAAAAGAGGAGGAGAUAACAGCUCGCAACAAAUUCAAGUCUUCCAUCUCGGCUGCACCGGCGCCUCCAUAAACGACAUCCUCACCAUCGGCUGGGACAACCGCACCUCGCAGCUGCAACUGCUCCAAGACGCAAUCUCCAACGGCUCCCUCGGCACCUGGGCGACUCUGUCAGUAGGUGGCAACGACGUCGGCUUCGCUAAUAUUGUCACUAACUGCCUUAUGCUCAACACUUUCCCGUCUACAUGUGAAGCGAGUCUCAAUGCUACGGAAUCACGGAUUCGGGACCCUGAGUUGUUGGCGAGAUUGGUGGAGAGUUAUUUGAAGAUUGUGGAUGUUGCUGGACGGGGGUUGAAAUUGAGUGGGGUAGAGAGAGGGUUCACGCUUAUUGUUGUGGGGUAUGCGAGGUUUUUUAAUGAAGAUACGGAGGAGUGUGAUGGGAAGAGGUUUUUUGUGGGGGGCAGGUAUUUGAGUCGGGAGUUCAGGGGGAGGUUGAACGGUUUGAUUGAGGAGUUGAAUAGGGUUAUUGAAAUUGCAGUAGCAAUUGCGCAGAUGAGCUUGGUUUUUGGGAAUUCGAGGAGUAGUGUGUUUUUGGAGCAGUGGGAUGGGGUGCUUGAGGGGAGGAGGUUUUGUGAGGUUGGUGGGGGGGAGAGGGAAGUAGAUGGGGUUGGGGAUCGAGAGGGGAAGGGGAUGGGGAAGGGGAAGAAGAGGGAUGGGAAGAGUUGGGAGAGGGAUGCGUGGUUUUUUACGGUUGCGGGGGAAGAUAUCUUAGACGGUGGUGACACGAUCGCUGGUGGGGAUGUCCUCCGUCCUCCUGGAGAGGAACCCGUGGAUUUUGAGAGGUUAGCGGCGGAAUGUAAUCGCGAAGGAUAUGAACAGCGUCGGACAGAUGGAGCAGAGAGACUACUGUGUAAUUGGGCGAAGACCUUGCAUUAUCAAAAGCGUAAUCAUGAUGGGGUGACGAGCGAAGCAGGGGAUGGUGGAAGGUUCGAGGAAUCGAGUAGGACGGGAUAUCCAUGGUAUGUGAAGAAAGCUAUGCAUCCGAAGACUGUUGCACAUGCGGAGUUGGGGAGGAGGAUUUAUAAGAAGUGGAUGAAUGGGGAGUAUUCUUGAUACUGCACUUGACAAUCGUAGUGUAUUGAGAUUGAUUCGGAUGAAGCUAUGGUUUUCCCCGGUGUGGUGAGAUGACUUGAGGUUCGAGCAUACAUGCGUGAAG